CACUUUGGGAUCAUAAUGCUGCAGAAAAAUGAAAGAGCAUAGUCAAAACUUGCAGUGGAGACAUCUGUUGCUGGCCAAUAGUCGAACAUGGACUGCGGGACUUUGGGGGCCGAAACCACGCUGCUUCCGGAAGAGGCGUCUGCCUCUACUUAGAAGAAGGAAGCGAAGCAAUUUGACAUCUUUCAAGGCGAAACAAACGAAACCCUACAGAAGGAGGGCUCUUGUGCACCAGAGGAGUUGGAUUCCUGAUGCAUUCUUCAAUAUAAAUCUGCCAGUUGGAUUUAUUCAGAAUUGCACAUGUCCACAGAAUAGCUUCCAAACCCCUUUCUCCAGCUGUGGAAGACCCUGUUCAGAGUCUAGGGGGCUUUGUGGGACACCUUGCCAGAGGGAGCUAUUGGCUAAAUACAUUGACUUAGGGGUUGACUCAACGGUUUGUCGAGACAAGCCGUGCAGCCCUGAGGCCAGCAUUACUGGUUUGUCGCUUAAAAGGCGCAGUCUCGCUUCAAACAGGGGAGGCCGUCACAAUGACGGAAAACACAACAAAAUCAUAAUUCUGAAUAACUCUACGAGAAAAUAUUGUUGCCGAGGACUGAAGCAACAUGGAACUGGCGGCCUCUUGAUUGCCCGACGGCCUAAAUUCAACCAGUGUACUUUAAAAAGAUUCCCAUUUAUGAUGCAUAAAAAACUUUCUCUGGUUAAGUUUCGAAUUAAAAUUGCAAAAUCUCUUCCCAAGCUUCGGAGAGGGAAAACGUGUCAGUUGAACAAAAGCAAGCUGAGUUGGGCGGCGAAAGUGACCAGGGAUUGGCAAGAGGCUCAGCAAGCGGAGGCCUUCGCAGGGGACCGCGCGGCCUCGCUUCCUUCACGGAAACCCAAGCGUAACUCUCCUUGGGACCUGUUCCGCGUCUCCGAUAUGAACAGUAACAUGCCAGGACCACUUAUUGAGGAGAGUCAAACGUGCCGGCAUGACGCUUGUCUUACGCAGGAGAGACUGUUCCACUGUAGGCAGCUCCAUUACAAGAACCUGGCGCCCCGAGACCAAAACGGUAUCGUGGAACCCUGCCUGCUUCCGGACUUGCAGAAAAGUCCUCCUUCCGGGACGGAGGCCCUGCCUAGGGCGGAUGUAGGGGAGAUGCCGUCCUUGGACAGCUGCCCCGAAGACAUUUUCAUCGCAACAGAAAAAGAAAUCUCUGUUUCGGGGCACGACGAGGAAGAUUCCAGACAGGUUUUGGGUUCCGACGAGGUGGACCUGGAGUCCCCCAAGUUGGAUUUGGGCACAAGCGAUGACGUUUGCACUAACGGUCCUGUGACGGAGUCAGUCCAGAACGAAGACUGCCGUAGUCAGAUGGAAGUGGAAGGGCCUAUCGGCACGGACGUCUUUGGCACAGAGCUCUUAGACCACCUGUACUGUAAGAGCCCCCUGGACGAGCCUCUGAGAGGAGGAAGCACAGGACAGAAAUCAGGGACUCCCAAAGGUGGCAAAAGGAGCAGCCAGAAAGUGUCUUGUGUCAAUGAUGAGCAAUUGGCUGCGUGGCUCUGUG